AACACUCCCUCUCACUCUCCCUCUGCAUCUCUUUAUCCUCAUUCAAGCCUUCUCCCUCCAUCCCACCCUCCCUCUCUCAAAUUUCUGAUCUUGCACAGAAUUUUGGAGGCACUUUGCUCUUAAAUUUAUCUUUAUUCUUCUUCUUCUUCUUCUUCUUUUUUAAAUCCCAUUUUUGGUUCAUUCAUAAAUUCUCUGGCAAAGUGAUUAAGUUUGUCAAGCAGCAAAGGAAGAGAGAUGGGGGAAAUGCACUACUCAGGGGUACAGUUGGGGGUGAUAGGAGCUCUGUUCCUGUCAGUGGCAUCCUCUGUCUCCAUUGUCAUCUGCAACAAAGCUUUGAUGAGCAAUCUCGGCUUCCCUUUCGCCACUACUCUUACGAGCUGGCACCUGAUGGUGACGUUCUGCACACUCCACGCGGCCCAGCGGCUCAACUUCUUCGAGACCAAGUCCGUCGACUUGAAGACUGUCAUGCUGUUCGGGAUUCUCAACGGAGUCUCCAUUGGUCUCCUCAACCUGAGCCUUGGCUUCAACUCCGUCGGGUUCUAUCAGAUGACAAAGCUGGCAAUUAUACCAUUCACUGUAUUGCUAGAGACCAUUUUCCUGAAAAAGCAGUUCAGCCAGAAGAUCAAAUUGUCUCUGUUUCUGUUGCUGAUUGGGGUGGGAAUAGCCUCAGUGACUGAUCUGCAGCUCAAUUUCCUUGGCACGGUCCUCUCUGGUCUUGCAAUCAUCACCACCUGUGUUGGGCAAAUUCUGACAAACACAAUACAGAAGAAGCUGAAUGUCUCCUCCACGCAACUUCUUUACCAGUCUGCACCUUUCCAGGCGGCUAUCCUCUUCGUCUCCGGCCCUCUCGUCGACCAGUACCUCACCAAGCAGAACGUCUUCGCAUUUAAGUACUCUCCCAUUGUCCUGGUCUUCAUCGUGCUCUCGUGCCUGAUAGCAGUGUCCGUGAACUUCAGCACAUUUCUGGUCAUAGGCAAGACAUCGCCCGUGACGUACCAAGUCCUAGGCCACCUCAAGACCUGCCUCGUCCUCGGCUUCGGCUACACACUGCUGCAUGACCCGUUCACGGAGAGGAACAUCAUCGGCAUCCUCAUCGCGAUCUUCGGGAUGGGCUUGUACUCCUACUUCUGCACCCAGGAGAACAAGAAGAAGCAGUCCAUCGACCUCUCCCUCUCUCAGAUUAAAGACAAGGAGGCUGCACUGCUGCUGGGUGGGAAGAACAUGGGACUCCAAGACAAAGAAAGUCAUCAGGAAAACAAAAAGUCAAACAGGGAUUCCCUUGUCUGAGUCCUUCAUUCUUUAUACCUCAUAAGGAACUCAAUCCACAUGGGUUCCUCCUUAAAGACAUUUUGUUGGGUUGGACAGUUGAAUUUUAUCCUUCCAAUAAUUCUUCCCCUCAAUUUCUCCUCCCUCAGGACUUGGUCCAUACAUACACAUUGUAAUAUGGUUCCAGAGACUCAACUCCAGAUGCAACCUUUCUUCAAGAAUUCUUUUUUCUGCCCUCUCGUGGGCGUGUAAGUUCUCAAUAGCAAAGAAGCAAGUAAUCGAAACAGACAGAUUCUGA